AGCUGAGGAUUGUAAAAAAAAAAAUGGAAAUCCCUUAGGGAAAAAUUUAAUCGAGAAAAGCAGAAACUUCAGAUGCUACAAAGAAGUGGUGCUGGUUCAUCAUUUACGACACCGUGGCCGUUAAUGUCAUUUUUUGAAUUUAUGUUUGAUCAUAAGACACCUAGAGAAACUAGUAGCAGUGUUAUUUUAGAGAGAAAUAAUAUAUAUUCACCUUCGUCAAUUAUGGAGGCAGAAGUAGUUUCUGAACCUUCAUUAGAUGAAUCUAGUAUGACCAACCUAGAAUUUGAUAGUCAAAUUAAUCAAUUUAAUUUAAUUAAUGACCAUCAAGAGGCAUCUGCUACUCCACCUGUAGUUAACCUUAAUCGUAAUUUAGAAAUAUCAAGGGAAAUGCCCUUUACUCCUAUUAGUGUUCCUAAAAGGAGUAACAAGAGAAAAAAAACAGACAAUCAAACGGAAAAUGAUCUAGAUGUUUUGGGGCUAUUAGGAAAAAUUUCCAAUUCAGUGGAACAGGUUACCUCUGCAUCCCCAAAUACCAGAGAUAAACUUGACGAUUUUUCAUCCUAUAUGAUAUCUGAACUAAGAGAGUUUCCAGAAGAAUCACGAGAAGAAUUCAUUGAUGAAACAAUCAUUAGACUUCUUCAAAUUAAAAGAAAAUUGAGGCAAAAUGCAAGGCCAUAA